CGCGCCUGCACGCCCGUCCACCGGUCUUUCUUUUUAUAUUUCAUUUCUGCUCUCGUCUUCGUCCCGUUUUCGCUCGGACGACCGCCGCCCCGACACACGCACAGAGGCCGAUCGCGAAAAAAAAUAAUAAAAAUAGUACUUAUCGGGACCGAACUGGCAAUUAUAUUUAUAUGACGUGUACGCGAUAAGAACGACACGGUGUGUCCGUCCGGCGACGUGUCUCAUUAUCGGCGGUAACGACCACUCCCGACAAACGACACUAACUAUCACCGUCGUUUUGAAUUUACACCUCGUGUUAGACAGGCGGGACCGUGUCCUAUCUCUGUCCGCGAUAACAAACAAUAAUUAUCGGUACAGCCGCCGCGACGAGCAGCACGCGACCGCCGACGGAGGACAGCAGCAGACCGUACUUCGAUUAUGGUCGUCAUUUUUAAACAAGAAUACGAAAAUCAAAGCAUGAGCAAUGAAUAUAGUUACUCCCGCGGAAGACCUCCUGCAGAAUCUAUUUCUCGAAUCGCAGAUUGGGACAUUAACGAUUCGAUUAUUCCAAGGGUGAGUAACUUCAAUUUAUGGGAAGAAUGGGCUGACGGGCAUUGUCGCUUGGUAUACCCACCUAAUUGCGAAGAAGCAAAGAGACACGCUUCUGGAUGGGCAAUGAGAAACACCAACAAUCACAAUGUGCACAUACUAAAGAAAUCAUGUUUGGGUGUUCUGCUAUGCUCGAGAAGGUGUAUACUUCCUUCGGGAGACACUGUUCACCUAAGACCUGCUAUAUGUGACAAGGCUCGAAAAAAACAACAAGGUAAACCCUGCCCGAAUAGACAGUGUCAUGGUCACUUAGAAAUAAUGCCUUGUAGAGGACAUUGUGGUUACCCUGUCACACAUUUCUGGAGGCAUACAGAGUAUGCAAUAUUUUUUCAAGCCAAAGGUGUUCACGAUCACCUGAGACCUGAAGCCAAGUCUACUUCAGAAGCACGAAGAAGCUUUGGCACCAGCCGCAAGAUUCGAAACUUCGGCAUGAUCCUAUCUCGUGAUGUUCCUUUCAAUAAUAAAGUAUUAAAUUUAAAAAAUCAAAAACAGAAAGCUACUAUUAGUAAUGCAAGUCGCAAACAGCAGUAUUUAAGUACACAAUUGUCUCAAGAGUUGAUUGCAGAGAACCGAAGUAUAAACUCUUCCGGUUGCUCGUGUCUUCCUUAUUAUUGCGUUUGCAACAAUAAUAAUCGCCUAGCUCCCGGGCCAGAACCAGCGACGGCCAUCCUCCAGCAUCAGCAAGCCGCUUAUCCCUCUCACCACCACCACCAUCAUCGUCAUCAUCAUAACAACAACAACAACAACAAUAGUAGCAGCAGUAGCAGUAGCGACGAUGAUCUACACCCUCAUAGUCAUCAAGACUGGACGUCGGGACUGCAAAACAACUACCACGUCCUGCAACAGUUGCAGUCCGCCGAACUUCCGUCAUCGUCGUCUUCCUCGUCGGCGAUCGUCCAAAACAUGUCUGCCGCGGACUUCGGGUUCGUGACGGGGCCGCAACCCGCGUCAGCAGUUUACUGUCAACCGAUGCAGCCGACGUCCGCCGCGGCCGACGACGACGACGUGUUCCAGUUGCAGCACAUGGACGGGCGUUCGUCGGACGCGGCCGUCGCUUCUUCCGGUUACCACAAGUGUUCGCCGACGACCAUGUUGGACUUGGGCAGCGGUACCAUCCACAAGAGUCCCGGGCAGUGCGGUGACAACGGUGGCGGCGGCGGCGGAUGGCAACACUACCAGUCGGCCGCCGACUACCAUCACCAGCCGGCCGCCGCGGCGGUGCUGCACCAUAACAACCACCACAACGACCAGCAACAGUGCUACCAGCAGAUGCUGCAGCAACAGAGUUGCGGUGACGGCGUCGGCUACCACCAUCACGUCGGCCAGCAGUUGCAACAGCAGCAGCAGCACUACACCGCCACCGCCAUCAAGACCGAGGACUGUCCGGACUCGUUGGAUCUGAUGGCGUACUCGUCGAUGGCACCACACGACGUGGACUACUACGGACAGCUGUCUUCGUCUUCGGCCGACGCGGCGGUUUGCUUGAAGGGCGGCAUGCACGGCGACGGGUCCUCCUCCGCCGUCGUCGCGGACUUUAUCGGCGCGGACGCGUCCGCUUCUCACGUGGUCGACUACAUGGUCCUCGAUCCCGGCAAACUGUUGUUGGCCAACAACAAUUUUUACAUGGACUCGGCAUACUGCGGCGGCGGCGGCGGCGCGGAGACCAACAACAACAACAACGAUGUCGACGACGCCGCUGCGUUCAGCGAAUUCCAGUUGAACGCCGCUGACAUGCAUUCCUGGUCGCAGGCCAUCAAUCAAUGAACGCGCGGACCGCCGGUGAUCGUCUCAAUCGAAACUGUAUAUAUGAAUACUAUGUAUGGGGCGAUCCGAAGCGUCUGGCUUGUGUGAAGAGGCACUUCACUGUUAUUUUUUUAAAUUUUCGCCGCGCGUUAUGUGUACUGCUUCGCCUGUGAACAGUGUGUGUAAAUAUAAAUAAGAAUGUUUUAAAAAAAAGGUGUUAUUAAAAAUUGUUUGCGAGCUUGAAAUUUUUUUUGAAAUGUUUACAUAAUAUUAGAAAUUUGA